AUGGGGGAUGAAAACCAAACCAUAGACAUCCAGUUCCACUUUCACCCAUUUUCGCCCAUCCUGGAGAUACAAAUACUUAUUUUUGUGGCCUUCCUGCUGAUGUAUAUCGGCAGUCUCUUCGGUAAUGCCACAAUCUUCCUCACUGUCUGGGCAGAGCGUUCACUCCACACUCCCAUGUAUUUCUUUCUGGCCAACUUGGCAGUUCUGGAGAUCUUUUACUCUUCCACUGUGGCUCCUCUCGCUUUGGUCAACCUCCUGACCAUGGGGAGAAUACCCAUCUCUUUCACUGGCUGUGGCACACAGAUGUUCUUCUUCGUCUUUCUGGGCAGUGCUGAUUGUAUCCUCUUGGGGAUCAUGGCUUACGACCGUUUUGUAGCUAUUCGAGAUCCCCUGCGUUACACCCUCAUCAUGAGAUGGCAGCUGUGUGCCCAGCUGGCAGUGGGAGCCCUGGUCCUUGGCUUCAUUCUAGCCUUACAACUCACAGCUCUGAUUUUCCACCUGCCAUUUUGUGGCCACAACAGGAUCACACACUUCUACUGUGACGUACUCCCGAUCUUGCAGUUGGCCUGUGGAGAUACUCGAAUGCAAGAAGCCAUGAUCUUCAUUGUCAGUGUUAUCAUCCUUACCAUUCCCUUUUCCUUGAUCUCCAUCUCCUACAUCUUGAUUGUGGGUGCCAUUUUGAAGAUCCGCUCUGCAGAGGGGCGGCACAAGGCCUUCUCCACCUGCUCUUCUCAUUUGACUGUGGUUCUCCUCCAAUAUGGCUGCUGUAGCCUCAUCUAUCUACGCCCCAGCUCUAGCUACAACCCAGAAAUGGGUCGUGUGGUGUCUGUUGUCUACACCUUCGUCACCCCUGUCUUGAACCCCUUGAUCUACAGCAUGAGGAACAAGGAGCUGAAAGACGCACUAAAUAAGGUAACGAAAAGACAUUUGCUGCGCUAG